AUGUCGAUGUACAAGUUGAGUAGCAUGAAUAUGACACACUCUACAGGGUCGUUUUUGAACAGUGCGCCUGUGGAGUUGACCAGUGUGAAGGGAUACCAGGACUUUAUUGCGAAGCAACGCAAGCUCAAGAGGUCAGUGAGCACACAGUUGAGUGAGGAUCGGAGUAUGUGGUACGUGCUGCACGAUUCUGAGGUUGUUGCUACAGUAACUGGGGAUGCGAAGGACUAUCUUUUGCAGCUAAGCGGGGAGACCUGA